AUGCCUCCGCACAAAAAAUCCGCCGCUGCUGGUCAACCCGCCGUGGUGUUGAGAGGUGCCCCCGGCUGGUCGGCGUACCACGAGCGUCAGUUCGGCACCACGCGUUGGAAUUCCAUCCUCAGCGCCCUGGCAAGCGAGGGCAGAUUCGCUGCCUUCAUUGCCUCAGCCGAAUGCAGCGAAGGCCCGAGCCGCUGCAGAAAAAACCCUUCGGCGGCUGCGCCGCUUCUCCCUCAGGGAAAGGAAUCCGACGAAGACACGCGGUGUACAUACACCUCGACAGACGGCGACAAGAGGGAGGACGAUGCGGAAGUCGAAAACGACACCCUAGAAGGCGCUUCUUCCUGUCUUUUGCGGGACUUCUCGGAUCCGCGCGCUCGAGGCACGGAAUCUGGAAAGCUGUCGAGGUACUUUCACCAGCAGCCACAAGUCUUCUCUGAUCGCGUGCGGGAUGAGCUGGUCGCGUUUCUCCGCCUACAUCCCAGCGGCUUGCCUUCUCCAAACGUCUUCCUCGUGGCCCCCAAAUCAGGCGCUGACAACGGCGUGCGAGAAAUGGCCUCGCAGCGUCUGGCGCCGCCGGCACAAAGCGAGCCCAGCCAUGCCGACACGAAAAAAGACGAGCUCCUCUCCCCAGACGGAAGCGCUUUUAGUCACACGCAGAGCUGUCAUGAUUCCUCCUCUUCUCCUGCGUCUUCUCAGUGUGCCUCGUUGUCGCCUGAUCGCCCUUCUUCCUCGCCUCCGUCCUCGUUUCUGGGUUCAUCGACUGCGGCCUCCUCGCCUGCGCCGUCGCCGUGUGCAGCGGCCUCUGCGACCUCCGCCGCCUCGCCGUCGCCCGAUGAGGCAGAGCAACUGACGCGCAGCGACCAAGAAAUUGCGUGGCUGAAACGCCUGGAAAAGGAGCGUGCGUACUACCUAGACGGGGCGUCGGCUUUCGCUGCCUGCUCCCUCCUCGUCUCUCCGGGCGACCGGGUUCUCGAUCUCUGCGCGGCGCCUGGGGGCAAGUCCUUAGUUUUAGCGAGUAUGCUGUUUCCUCAAUCGGUCGCAUCUCCUCCCGCGCCGAGGCCCGCACACACGUCACGAAAGGCGAAAGACGCCGGCCUCCUCGUCUGCAACGAGGCGAGCCGCCCGCGCAUGGAACGGCUGCAGAAAGUUCUCAAGACCUUUCUUCCGCAAGAGGUCACAAAAAAGCGCCUCGUUCACGUCACCUGCGCCAGCGGGACUAAAGGCGGAUCUUACGAGCGCUUCGCCCCGUUCGACAAAAUCCUCGUCGACGCGCCCUGCUCAUCCGACCGGCAUCUGCUCAGACAGGGCCGCAGCGCCCUCGCGACGUGGGCGACAGGCGUGCCGAAGGCGCAUGCAGAGCGCCAGCUGCAGCUGCUGAAGAGCGCGCUGAAUCUGCUUCGUGUGGGCGGGGUCCUGAUCUACUCAACUUGCGCGCUUUCAGACGCUGAAAAUGAGAAGGUCGUUGAGAAGCUUUUGAAACUCUGCGGCGGGAGCGUGAAGGAGUGCGAGCUGACGUCGGAUCCCCACUCGCCGUCGGGCAGUUCAGCCGCGGCGCGCGGCUUCGCGGGUGUCGUUACGAGUGCCUCACCAGAGGGCGCGGCGCCAGCGAUCGCUGUGACAGCGCAGCUGCCUCCAGGGAGAGAACGGACGGCCGCAGUUUCGCCGAGUGCGAGUCUAGAGAAUCGAGAGCCGACGUCCCUCUGGUUUGUUGAAAGACGCGAAAGAGGAUCUAUCAUUCUUCCCGACACGCCCGCCGGCUUCGGGCCCCUGUUCAUGUGCAAACUGCAGCUCGUGGCGCCGCUCAAGAAGCAGCUGUAG